GGGGCAAUGGGGCCUUGAACUGGCACAUGUAUCAACGAAUGAACUAGCGUUAGGGAUAACAAAACCGGCUGCGGAGAGAGGCAAGCAAUGCUUUGCCAAUGCGUCAGAUUUUCACAUCUAGAUCUAUUCAUUUACAGUCACACCAGGUUCCACCGAGGCCUAGAUGACCUAGCACUGGAACGACAAGCUGUCUAUUAGUGUCGAUCGCAGUCUGUUACUCCACAUAGUGCAUAAAUAUCACCGCAGCGCGUGGAAAUAAUUAUUACAACACUCGAGGGCAGCUGCGACAGGCAUUCAAAAUCUGCUCUUGCAGAACUGCUACGUCGUGUUGUGCUGGUACCGGUACCCCAGUUUUCAGCUCUUCGCUGUUAUUUCUAUUUCAAGACUGUAAACCCCCCAGAUGGCAGGCGUAAAGGUAGAGGUGCCGUCACCCAACCCUCAGGGCCCAUGUCCCGCUGUAGUCUUCGGAGACCUCAACACAAGCCCGGCCGCCGUCAUUGUCAUACAGGAAUGGUGGGGCAUGAACCAGCACAUUCAGGACGUGGGCCUGGAGGUCUCAAAGGGGCUCAAGUCGGCCGCCACCCUGGUGCCAGACCUGUACCGCGGGAAAGUGACCAAGGACCGGGAGCAGGCGGCCCAUUACGCCGCUGACCUCGACUGGGCCGGAGCCAUUCAGGACAUCGACGCCUGUGCCCGAUACCUCAAGUCUCAAGGAGUCAAGAAAGUGGGAGUGACCGGCUUCUGCCUGGGCGGAGCUGUGACCAUAGCAACAGUUGCAAAUUACGGCAGCAUCGACGCGGCCGCCCCAUUCUACGGCAUUCCCAAGAAGGACGUGUUCGCGUUUGACCCCGCUAAAAUCAAGGUGCCCAUUCAAUGCCACUUUGGUGAACUGGAUGACAAGGUCGGGUUCUCUUCACCGGCUGAUUAUGAGAAACUGAAGGCAGAUCUCGAAGCAAGCGGGGCAGAGUUGGAGUUCUACACCUACAAUGCCCAACACGCAUUCACAAACAAGACGUCUCCAACUUUUGACAAGCAGGCGUAUGAGACCAGUUUUUCCCGUAUGUUCCAAUUCUUUGAGAAAUAUCUCAGUUGAACAGAGUGAAGCGAGAACAGUGACUUUGUUCGACACUCUUUAUUUUUUCUGUAUCCCAGAAGAUAAAGUAAAUUUCUU